AUGUUUUCGGUCUCCAAAUGGGCCUUCGUAUCUGAGAACUUGCUAAGCUGUAGCGGAAAUUUACUGUCCCAUACCUUAAAACGGAAAAGCAAAACGAAAACUAAGAACAAAACCAAAACUAUUUUAAAAAUCAACAAAAAUGUUUCAAGAAAACUAAAAUUCAUUGCCAAAGAAGAAGAAGAAGAAGAAGAAGGAUUCAACCUCAAAUCCUCAGCUCCAUCAAACUCUCAUGGGGUUCGGCCAUUGGGAAACCUUUACUUCAAUCUAGGCUCUAUUAACUCAAGAAACACUGGCUUAGGUAAUCUCCAAAUCCUGUCUGACGAGCUUGUUCUUGAAAUUCUGGGCCUUUUGGAAGGAACCCAGUUGGGAGUUUUAGCCACUGUUAGCAAAUCUUUUUAUGUUGUCACUAGCCAUGAACCCCUUUGGAGGAAUCUUGUAUUGGAUAAUCUAAAGGGAGGGUUUUUGUAUAAUGGGUCAUGGAAAGUUACUUACAUUACUAAUUUUUAUCCUUCAUCUGAUGUUUCCCGGGGCACCUGUUUUUCAGGUUUGAGAGUAAGGGAUUUUUACUCUGAUUAUUUGUUUCGGAGUUGGUUAUGUGCUAAUCUUGAAAUGAAAUCAGAAUGGCUUGAAAGAGAUAAUAUAAUUCGAAAAAUAAGGAUUAGUGGGGAGGAUUUUGUGAUGAAUUUUGAAGAACCCAAUAAGCCGGUUUUGUUGGAAGGGUGUAUGGAUAAUUGGGAUGCAUUAGGAAAGUGGGACAGAGAUUAUUUGGUUAGUUUAUGUGGUGGUGUUCAGUUUUCGGUUGGACCAGUGAAGAUGAGGCUAGAGGAUUAUUUUAGCUAUGCAGAUCAAGUUAAAAGGGAGAGGCCAUUGUACUUAUUUGAUCCAAACUUUGCAGAAAAAAUUCCCACUUUGGGGUCGGGUUAUGAAGUUCCAGUGUACUUCAUAGAGGAUUUGUUUAGUGUGUUGGGCAAUGGGAGGCCAGACUAUAGGUGGAUUAUAAUUGGACCAGCUGGGUCUGGUUCAUCCUUCCAUAUUGAUCCUAAUUCGACAUCUGCUUGGAAUGCAGUGAUCAGAGGAUCUAAGAAAUGGGUUCUUUUCCGGCCUGAUGUGGUUCCUCCAGGGGUGCACCCGAGCCCAGAUGGAGCUGAGGUGGCAUGUCCUGUUUCAAUAGUCGAGUGGUUCAUGAGUUUUUAUGGUGCAACAAAGAAUUGGAAAAAGAGACCUAUUGAGUGUAUUUGUAAGGCUGGAGAAGUGAUCUUUGUGCCUAAUGGAUGGUGGCAUCUAGUGAUUAACCUAGAAGAAUCCAUUGCCAUUACACAAAACUAUGUUAGCAGGAGAAAUUUGUUGAACGUUCUAGAUUUUCUUAAGAAGCCAAAUGCUAGCGAGCUUGUUUCUGGGACAAGAGACAGAAUAAAUUUGUAUGAAAAGUUUAAGAAUGCUAGAGAGGCAUCUUUCCCUGGAACAAUUGAUGAACUGACAGUGAAAGCAGAGGAGAAAAAGGCACGACAGAAAAAAUUGUCAUUCUGGGAUUCGGUGACUGAUUCCAAGGUGGGUGCUUUCAAGUUUUCUUUCUAAAGGAACCACCCUCAAGGCCACCAGAGAAUGGCAAGAGAUCAGACAACUAGAUUGCAAUUGGCAUUGGUGUCAUUAUACGGAUGAAAACAGUCAGUUCAGGCUUCCAGAAAAGAAUGACUUAUUCAAAACAGUUUUGACAUUAAUUAAUUUUACUAUGUUGUACAAUUCUUUUCUAUAACACUAAUGCCAUUGCUCUCUACUUGAAACUGUUAAUAUUGAUUGUUCAAAGCAAGCUGCUAUAACAUUUGAAUGAGAAAAAAAAAAAAAAAA